GAGUUGCCGUCCUCGCGCUGGGUCGCCAGGUGCUCGCACAGACCUGGAGCCUUUCGGAUCAGCAGAAAGGCGACAGUCAUAAUAACCGAGGCGAUAUAAUACGGUUUUAGCAGCCAUUUGUAAAUCUGAGGUAAGUGGUACAAGAAAGAGAACAGUCCUGUGAUAAGACCCAUGUUGGCAAAGACUACAGUCCACCUCGAGGGGUAUGAGGGGCAAUGACAGCUGAGCCUGAGGAACAACUGGCAAGACUUCUACUACAUCCGCGCAUGCGCAAAACAAAACCGAGUUCGUAUGUUUUGGGCUCAGCGAUUCGCCGUUGAUUUGGCGGGUACUGCAAAAACGUAAAUAGACGAAGCUGAAAAUGGAGGAAAUUGCAGACCCAACAAAAAAGCUGUUUGAAACUCAAAAUGAUGAAUCUAAAGGAAACCUUUCCUCAAAUCUGCCCGAGACUGAAUCAGUUGAUUCAACUUCCGACGAGGAGCCGGUAGCUCGUUAUAACAGGCUGAAGCUGUUCGACAAAGUAAUUCAGAAAAGCCUGGAAAAGUUCAUCGAGCAGGCCAGUUUCAACAGAUUCGCCAGCACGUUUCGCCCGUUGUACAAGAAGAACCCGCAGAAGAUGGAACACAUUCACAAGCAGUUCAUUGAGGAGUUGAGGAAAAAUAUACAGGAGGACAUCAGCAGAUUGAUUGAAGAAGGCCGCUUAGAGUUCAAAAUGAAUGAGCUAGACGAACUGGAGAGCGCCGCCCAGAACAAUACAGCUCCUGCAUGGCGGCCGAGCGGGGUUCCUGAGAAGGACUUUUGCAGCUUUUUGAUGCCAUACUAUAAAAAGCAGGAGGCCUACAUGCGACUGGAGCUGAAAAAGAUUCAAGCAGAGAAUGCUGCCCUGGCACAGAAGGUUCUGGCUGGCAGAGAGAGCAUUUCUCAGACUGGACAACUUGUUUCUACCGCUUUGGAUGAGUGGAAGGCGACGGUCACAGAGUUUGAAAGGUUGACAUCUUCUCUUGGCCCUGCUGAUGUCUUCGAUGUGUGAUCAUCUAAUUCAUUGACCUGAAUGUAUAUUCUUUAAAUUAGCUGUACAUACUACAUAUAUAUUGUUUAUUACUGUUUUCUGAAAAUAAACUUAAUAUCGUCAAAACUAAAA